AUGUCCAGGGGUCAGACACAGGUUACUUUCAACGUUAGCGAUUACUAUGAAAUCAAAGAAAUAGUGGGGGAAGGCGCUUAUGGCAUUGUUUGUUCAGCUAUUUAUAAACCAUCACAACAAAAAGUUGCAAUCAAAAAGAUUCAGCCUUUUGAGAGAACAAUGUUUUGUUUGAGAACCUUGAGGGAAUUGAAACUCUUGAAACAUUUCAAUCACGAAAACAUAAUAAGUAUUCUAGACAUCCAAAUACCCUACGAUUAUGAGAGCUUCAACGAAGUUUACCUAAUACAAGAAUUAAUGGAGACCGAUUUACAUCGAGUUAUCAGAACACAAAAAUUGACCGAUAACCAUUGUCAGUACUUUAUAUAUCAGACCCUUAGGGCGCUGAAGGCAUUACACUCGGCUAACGUUUUGCAUAGAGACCUCAAACCUUCUAAUUUACUAUUGAAUUCCAAUUGUGAUUUAAAAGUUUGCGAUUUUGGUUUGGCAAGAUCUGUUGCUUCCCAAGAGGAUAACUUUGGGUUUAUGACCGAGUAUGUGGCAACGAGAUGGUAUAGAGCCCCGGAAAUCAUGCUGACGUUUCAAGAAUACACCACGGCUAUUGAUGUUUGGUCUGUUGGCUGCAUCUUGGCCGAAAUGUUGUCCGGUAGGCCUUUGUUCCCAGGUACCGAUUAUCAUAAUCAGUUGGCCCUGAUCAUCAACAUCUUGGGAACCCCUAAAAUGGACGAUUUUAAUUCGAUCAAAUCAAGACGUGCUAAGGAAUACAUAAAAAUGAUCCCAUUCAAACCUAAAGUUCCGUUUAAUCAACUAUUUCCUGAUGCUAAUCCGGAUGCAACCGAUUUGCUGGAGAAGUUGCUAACCUUCAAUCCAAAAAAUAGAAUAACUGUAACUGAAGCUCUGAAUCACCCAUAUGUUGCUUUUUACCAUGAGCCUAAUGAUGAACCAGAUGCGGACCCGUUGCCAGAAGAUUUCUUUGAUUUCGACAAGAGGAAGGAUGAGUUGACAAUUCUUGAACUUAAAAAGAUGCUUUAUGAUGAAAUCAUGAAACCUUUACACUAA